AUGUCGGAAAUAGUCAGACCCGCCUUUGAGGGCCGUGAGCGUCCACUUCUUUCUUAUGGCAUCGAUUUCCCCGCAGCUAUAGUACGCCAUCUCGAUACAUUCCAGGCUUCACGUGUAUAUGUGAUCUGUUCAGGAUCAUUGGCGCGGAACACCGAUGUAAUGAACCAGCUGGAGACUGCUCUGGGGCCGGAUAAGCUGGUUGGGCAUUGGAUUGGUAUGCGGAGUCACACUUUGUGGUCAGAGGUGCUGCAGAUUGCCGAAGAGGUUAGGACUGUACAUGCUGAUCUGCUCUUGACUGUUGGAGCUGGCAGCUUGACUGAUGGUGCUAAGAUAAUUGCAUUAGUCCUUGCAAACCAAGUCAGCACACCCGAGGAGCUUGAGACCCUUGCAGAAGGCCCCAAAAAGCGAUUCGAGAUCAAAGCACCAACUGUCCCGAUCAUUUCUGUGCCAACAUCUCUCUCCGCCGGUGAAUACUCCAACUUUGCUGGCGGUACGGAAGACCGCUCAAAGCGCAAAUACAGCUUCCAGCACCCAAUUCACGGACCAGAGCUGGUUAUUCUUGACCCGGAGCUGGCGAAAACGACCCCCGAUUCAAUCUGGCUCAGUACAGGCGUGCGCGCAAUUGAUCAUUGUGUCGAAAAUCUGUGCUCUAUGUCAGGUACGACAGCAACAUCGGAUAAACUGGCUCAGCGUGCACUGGGAUUGUUGGUUCCUGGUCUCUUGCGCUGUAAGAAGGACCGAUCAGACCGUGAUGCGCAUCUACAGUGCCAGCUUGGAUCAGUGGAUGCUAUGGCGGCUUGUACCAGCGGGUUGAUUGAAUUGGGCGCCAGUCAUGGGAUUGGACAUCAGCUUGGUCCAUUGGGCGUUGGCCACGGUGAGACAAGUUGUAUCUUGCUCCCAGCUGUGUGUAAGUUCAAUGCUAAGUACAACGCCAACCGCGAAAAACAAGCUAGUGUGCGCCAAUUUCUGAUCCAAGAUCCGGUCGUGCUGGAGGUGCUACGUGCCCGUUCGGUCAACGUAGAAGCAUCCGACUUGGGUGAUAUCUUGGAUGCUAUCAUCCACGAAUUGGGAAUGCCUCGAUCCUUGAGCGAUGUCAAAGUAGGACGGGACCAGUUGGAUGCACUGGCGGAGAAUAGCCUACAUGACCGUUGGUGCAAGACAAACCCAGUGCCACUGAAGGGGAAGUCUCAGGUAUUGGAGAUCUUGGAGAUGGUAGUUUAA